AUGAAUGUCCGUCAGAAUGAGCUGCGACUGACGGUCGAAUUGCGACAAGUGACAGAUGCGGUGGAAUGCAUAUUUCAUUCACUUCUUCUGCAUAGAACACUAGGCAGAUUCCAAUACAACGAUGAGAAGACGUUUUCAAUCGGAUCCAUCGGCAUCAAAGAGGUCAAUUGUGAGCAGAUCGAUAUGACUUAUGUUCGUGUAAACUCGACAGAACUCGCAAUGUGUGUGGAUGAGGACAUUCGUCAAUUCAAAUAUGAAGUCGAAGAGGCGACAUGCUCCGGCUCGAUUCCACGACGGACACCUACAGUAGGCAGUCCAACAGACAGUGCAGUUCCAUUGCUCUCCGCACAAAUCGGUCUUCAAUUCUAUACGAAAUCAAAGAAACCGAAUUCAGUGAUAGGAACUGCGGUAUCGUGGUUUGGAGGAGCGACUGGAGCCACUUCUGCUGGAAGUGGAUUAUCGAUUGAUGAGGGCACAUCUUGGGAGGAAUGGAAAUUGAUUCUCGAUGUGUUCCGUGUGGAAUCAAUCGAUGAAUUGCAGAAAAUGCGGCAAAGAGUUGCUGAUGAUAUUGGAGAGAAAGUUCUCGAUAUAUGUGAACAUAUCAAUCAUAAUCACUAUACACCGAAAAUGCCAUCGAGAACUGAAAUUCCUGAAGUUUUUGAGACGAGAUUCUCGGAUUGUCAGCCGUAUUUGUUCAAGAUUCGGAGACAGGCGGUGCCGAGUAAGUAA